AUGGCCGGAGUACAGCAUUCACCUCCUAAUACGCCUAAAUCAAAAGGAUCUCUGGGACUGACUCAGACCCAAUCCGAACCUGAUAUUAACUCGGCCGCCAAGAUUAGCGAUUACGUGAAUGUAAACAGGAACAAGCGGCCACGCCAAGGGGACUCCCCACAAGGUGAACUUGAGUUUGGCGAGCUAGAAGCAGACAAGAAUAAUCAAGAUAUAUCGUGUACCUUGGCUGAACAGACUACCCUGAUGGCUUCAUUACUGAGGGAUAUUGCAGAAGUUAAAAGCCAAAAUAAUCAAAUUAAGGCGUCCAAUGCUCAAAUACGAGAGACUAAUGAAGAAAUCAUGAAAUCAAUGUCCUUUAUGAAUUCACAAUUUGAAGAUAUGAAAAAAGAGAUCGGGGAAUUAAGACAAGAUCGCCGGAUACAACAAAAUUACAUUGAGAAUCUGGAAAAAAAGAUACUAGAUCUACAACACAAGUCACGCUCGUCUGCGAUUGAAAUCCGAAAUAUCCCACAGGAAAAUUCCGAAUCCUUUACCAGCCUGAUGAAAACUGUGUGUAAGAUUGGAAACGUGGUUGGCCUGCCUAUCCCGGAAUCAGAUAUUCGUGAUAUUUAUCGGCUUCCUGGCAAAUCUAUCAGUCCUACCGCUCCGCGCCCGGUUAUUGCUGAGUUCACAAAGGUACAAACAAAACAGGAAAUUAUAUCUGCUACUCGAUUGUUUAAUAAAGGAAAAGGGAAGGAGGAAAAAUUGAACACCUCACUCAUCGGUAUACAAGGUAAACCCCAGCCGUUCUACAUCGCCGAGCAACUCCCCGCUACUACUAAAAAGCUGUUUUAUCAAGCUCGAGAGUUUGCUAAAAGUAAAGCCUACAAAUACUGCUGGAUAUCAAACGGUAAUGUUUUUCUGCGCAAACAAGAAGGAGACAAACAAAUUAUAAUCCAUUCCGAAAAAUGUCUUCAGGAUCUUGGAAACACAAACAUUUGA